GAACUCCAUGAUCUUAUGUUUUCUCUAGAUUGGAUUAAAGCUAAAACAGAAUUGGUAGGGCCUGCUCAUCUGAUUCAUGAAUAUGUAGAAUAUAGUUCAAUCCUGGAUCAGAAGAAUAGCACAGUACGUGAGAACUUCCAGGAAUUUCUGUCUUUAAAUGGGCACCUUCUUGGACGGCAGCCGUUUCCUGAUGUUAUACAGCUGGGUCUUUGCCAGCCAGAGACAUCAGAGGUGUAUCAACAAGCCAAGCUACAUGCUCAAAGAGAAACAGGAGCAUUUUAUUUGGAAUGGAUAAAUAAAAAAUCCUUGAAAAACCUCUACCGUCUCGUCGUUCGUCCACAUAGAGAUGCAGUUUACCAUGCUUGCUUUUCUAAGGAUAGACAGAGAAUAGCAUCAUGUGGAGCUGAUAAAACACUUCAGGUGUUUAAAGCAGAAAGUGGAGAGAGACUCCUGGAGAUAAGUGCCCAUGAUGAUGAAAUACUUUGUUGCACUUUCUCUGCAGAUGGUGAAUUUGUAGCAACUUGUUCAGCUGAUAAAAAAGUGAAGGUCUGGAAUUCAAGAACAGGCCAGUGUAAGUGUGUAUAUGAAGAACACUCAGAGCAGGUCAAUUGCUGCCAGUUCAAUAACAGAAGUGGUCAGUAUCUUUUAGCCACCUGCUCAAAUGACACUUAUAUCAAACUUUGGGAUUUGAACAAAAAGUAUUGUAGAAAUACGAUGAUUGGUCAUGUAAGUUCCGUCAAUCACUGUAGAUUUUCACCAAAUGACGAAUAUGUUGCUAGCUGCUCAACAGAUGGAACAGUAAAGCUUUGGGAAGCACGCUCAGGAAAUGAACGGAAAAGUAUUGAGGUAAAAGAUUUCUUCAAAAAUGCAGAUGAGCAAACAGAUGAUGUGGAGGUCUUAGUAAAAUGUUGCUCUUGGUCCAGAAAUGGUAACAUGAUUUUGGUGGUAGCCAAAAAUAAGCUUUUGCUUUUUGAUGUUAAAACAUGUGAUUUGUUAACGCAAGUCAUCGUAAGUCAUCACAGUACAAUCCAGUACUGUGACUUUUGUCCUGGUGAUGAGUUAGUAGCAGUUGCUUUGUCUCACUGUUCUGUUGAGUUAUGGAACAUUAAAUCUUUAUCAAAAGUAGCAUAUUGCAGGGGCCACAUGAGCUGGGUUCACUGUGUGACAUUUUCGCCAGAUGGAUCUUUAUUUCUGACAUCAUCUGAUGACCAGACAGUACGCAUUUGGGAAACAAAGAAGGUGUGCAAGUCUUCUGAUGCUGUGCUAAAAAGUGAACUAGAUGUUGUAUUUCAUGAUGGUGAAGUGAUGAUUUUAGCAAUUUACAAUCAGAAACAUUUACAACUUCUCAAUGGAAAUACCGACAGUGUUGUUAUGCAGACAGCAGCUCAAGGAUCUCCUAUUUCCUGCUGUUGCUUAAGUGAAGAUCUUAAAUUUGCAGCUUUUGGACAGGAGAGUGGAACAAUAAAGGUAUUACAGUUGUUGGACGGGAAAGUUCUGAAGUCCCAGGAGGCCUACAGGAUGUCUGUGCAGCAUUGUCGCUUUACCUCUGAUUGUCAGACUCUCAUUUCAAGUGCUCAUGAUUCAGUUAUACAGGUAUGGAAUUGGCAGUUGGACGAAUGUGUGUUUCUAAAAGGGCACAAGGAAGCAAUCAAGGAUUUUAGACUUCUGGAAAAUUCAAAACUUCUUUCUUGGUCAUUUGAUGGAACUGUUAAGGUUUGGAAUAUCACUACUGGAAACACAGAAAAAGACUUUGCUUGCCAUGGAGGUGCUGUUCUUUCCUGUGCUGUUUCACCUGAUGGUAGUAAAUUUUCAUCUACUUCUGCUGACAAAACUGCAAAGAUAUGGAGCUUUGAAAGUUCAUCUGUUCUUCAUGAGCUGAAAGGUCAUGAAGCCUGCGUGCGGUGCUGUACUUUCUCUCCUAAUAACAAAUUAUUGGCCACUGGAGAUGACAAAGGAGAAAUAAGGAUUUGGGACAUUUUAACAGGUGCAUUACUUCACUUCUGCUCACCAGUUACUUUAGACGAAGGAGAACCAACACAUGGUGGUUGGGUAACAGGCCUCUCGUUUUCUCCUGACAGUAAAAUGCUUGUGUCAUCUGGAGGCUAUCUUAAGUGGUGGAACGUAACUACUGGAGAAUCCUUACAAACCUUCUACACAAAUGGAACAAACCUCAAGUCAAUACAUGUGUCCCCUAAUUUCAAACUGUAUGUGACUGUUGAUAAUCUUGGUAUUCUUUAUGUAUUACAGAAGUUGUGA